CCUGAAAAACAUCAUGAAUCUUGUCACCAAAAUCCUCAUUUGUUAGAAUACAGUCCUAGACUGAACGGCGGACAUGUAAGACCUAUGUCACAGCCAGAAGCGACAUUUACUCUCUUUUAAAAUCACACAAAAUAGUUCGUACCAUUCUGUCACCUCCACGUUCCAUUACACACUAUUAAAUCUCUAUCGUGCAAUCCGGUCUUCAAGUCCGUCCGUCCACGUGUCCACUUGACACAUCCGAAAUUGCAACGCGUAUGAAUCUCAUUUACUUUGCCUUAAUUAUGUAAAUCCUAUUCGACGAAAAGCACCACUUGGAACUACUAAUUUGAAGAUCAAAUUCGUGUAAAUUGCAAGGUUCAGUUGAUCGAAAGCAUUGACAACCGCGCGAAACUCUAACCUUUUGGGCCAACUAAAAAUUAAUAAAGUUCUUUAAAUACUAUUCGUUUUGCAGGUAAGAGACAAUAGAAACGCGUCAUCUUUUACAAUGACGUUCGGGAAUAAAUACCGAUUUCGAUGAAAGUUCUUCAGGUUUAGGUUUAACGGCGAUCUAAGCAGAGAACUUUGGUUUGAAUCUUUGAAAAUUGGAUAACGUGGUUCGUCUUUGUCGGGGACUUUUGGAACAGAAACCUUGAUAUGGAUGUUGAUUCAAAUGACAGCGACAAAGAUAUCGAUGUUUGCGAAACGAACACGCAACGUUUAAUCGCCGAGAGUGGUGGACGAUGCAUGAGCACCCAGGCGAUGCAAUCUCUCUAUGAUUUUAGACAGAAUAAUCUUCUAUGCGAUGCUGUUAUAAGAUUGGAAGAUGGCGGAAUAUUCCCGAUUCACCGGGCAAUUCUCUCGGCGUGUAGUCCAUAUUUUAGAACUCUGUUCACGACCACGUUACACUGUCGGGAGAAAACGGACGUGCUGUUACCAGGUGUCACUAGUAACAUGAUGAACCUGCUUCUGGAAUACGCAUACCUGCGGUCCAUCAGUAUAAACAACGAGAACGUGUACCAGCUGCUGGUCACCGCGGAUUACCUGAACGUUCUGGGUGUCCUCGAACUCUGUUGCGAGUACCUGAAGCAAAAUCUAGCUCCAGAAAAUUGUAUCAGCGUGAUGAGAUUCGCUAGAGAACACUUUUGCAAGGGGCUGGAGAACAGCACGUAUCGUUAUGUGAUGAGAUAUUUUGUGCAGGUAGCUCAACGAAGCAAGGAAAUCCUAGAGCUGCCAAUAGAAGAGUUAACGGCGUUAAUUGGUGCUGACGAAUUGAAUGUGAAAAGCGAGGACACGGUUUGGGAGCUGGUGCUGAAAUGGAUCGACCACGAUCCGCAAGCUCGGAAAAAGUAUAUAGUCGAUUUGAUGAAAAACAUUCGCCUCGGACUCCUGGAUACGCAGUUCUUCCUGGAAAAUGUGAAAGAUCAUCCGUACGUUACUGGAAACGACGCUUGCCGGCCUAUCAUUAUCGAAACCUUAAAAUUUUUGUACGAUCUCGAGAUUAUUACGCAAAAGGACGGAGAAAUACCCACGCCGAAGAUCGCACGGCCAAGGGUGCCCCAUGAAAUACUGUUCGCCAUAGGUGGUUGGAGUGGCAGCAGCCCUACAAACUUCAUUGAAACCUAUGACACUAGAGCGGAUCGUUGGGUUAAGGUGGAAGAGGUAGAUCCGAUCGGACCUCGUGCCUAUCAUAGUACAGCUGUGGUUGGGUUUAACAUUUACGUAAUCGGUGGUUUCAACGGGUCUGAUUACUUUAACAGUUGCCGUUGCUUCAACGCUGUCACCAAAGUGUGGAGGGAAAUUGCUCCCAUGAAUGCCAGAAGGUGUUACGUUAGCGUUGCUGUACUCAAUGAUCUGAUUUACGCAAUGGGAGGAUAUGAUGGAUAUUAUCGACAAAGUACCGCAGAACGUUAUAAUUAUAAAACGAAUCAGUGGUCCCUCAUAGCGUCCAUGAAUUGCCAAAGAUCGGAUGCUAGUGCAACUACUUUAAAUGAUAAAAUUUAUGUAACGGGUGGUUUCAAUGGACACGAGUGCUUGAAUUCUGCUGAGGUAUACAAUCCAGAAACCAAUCAAUGGACGAUGAUUGCUCCGAUGAGAUCGCGGAGAAGUGGCGUAUCGUGCAUAGCUUAUCAUGGCCAUGUAUAUGUAAUUGGAGGUUUCAAUGGAAUAUCCAGAAUGUGCAGUGGAGAGAGGUAUAAUCCUACUACCAAUGUUUGGACACCAAUUCCAGAUAUGUACAAUUCACGUAGUAAUUUUGCAAUCGAAGUGAUCGACGACAUGAUUUUCGCUAUUGGUGGAUUUAAUGGGGUUACCACCAUCUAUCAUGUUGAGUGCUAUGAUGAGAAGACAAAUGAAUGGUAUGAAGCAACAGAUAUGAAUGUUUACCGUUCUGCGCUAUCAGCCUGUGUGAUUAUGGGUUUACCGAAUGUGAAUGAUUAUAUUCACAAGCAUCGUGAACGUUUGAUGGAAGAAAAGAGGCAAAAAUUGUUAGCACUGGAGGUGCACCGUAGUCAGCAUCAACGUCAGCAAGAUCAAGCACAUCAAAACCGUGAAAACAUAUUAAACCAUGAAAAUAUAUCUUCUUCAUCCUCAACAUCUCAGACUAACAGUUCUAAUAGUGAACAAUGAAACUGUGAAUUUGAAAGCAUAAAUUUUAUGUUCAAUU